AUUUAAUUAAAAAUGUAGUUUGAUAGUAAAAAUUUAAGCAAAGACUAUGGGUCUACUGUAGACAACCAUUCUUCAAUUGAAGAAAUCAAAGGAUGACCACUGCAGUGUAAUAGCUUUGUAACUGCUGGUAAAAAAGAAUGCUUUCGGCUAUGAAUAAAACACUUGCCCUCACUGGUUCAGAUGCUGCAGAGUUAGCUCUAAAUAGAGAACAUCUUCCCAAAGAAGUUUACUUGACAAUUAAGGGUACACUAUCAUCUAUUAGUAAUAUAUUCAAAGUGAAAAAUGAUGCAAUGUUUAUAAUUGAAAUAGAUAGCUGCACAUAUUUGUUAAUCAAGAAUGUGCAUCUUGAAUGGCAUGGAAAUUUUGAAAUAGGACAGCAGUAUGUAUUCCACAGUGUUCGAAUCACAACACUAAAAAAGGGAAUCCUUCGACCCCAGACAAUAUAUUGGGCAUGCUUUGACAGCUCAUAUUCUCUUACUGGUCCGGGUCAUCAAAUACCUGUAGUUCCAUUACAGGUAUGGAUGGAGAUCAAUCAAAUACCUAAAUCAUGUUUCCAUGGGAACAGAAAGCCAAUUGAACUGAGUGACCGAAUGGAUGAGGAACCAAGCCUGAUACACUACCAGGGUAUCAUCACAUCAUGCGAUAAGGCUGGUCUUUACAUACUUGAUAAUAAUGUAAGACUUUACUUUGGUGGGUUUCUCUCAAUUGAAAAACAGCAGAUGUUAAAACAACAUUUGAGGAUAUCUGUUUUUAAUGUUCACUGUAUAAAGGAGGACUCUGAUCAGACUCUAGUCUUCUGUGUGAAAAGCAGCUACAAACUAGAGGACAAUGCUGACUCUGCCCCAGUUCUAUACAUCACCAGGGAGGAGCAAGAACUGAAUGUAAGUGAAAACUUUAAAAAAUUCCAAUUGAACUGGGGAGAAAUGGAAACAGUUACAGCCAUCAUUAAAAAAUUGUCACGUCUCGGAUGGCAACAAAAUGGGCGGUCAGCAGAGACCAUAAAGAUGCUCCAGAGGUUUCUCCUCUCUCAUGUACAACUCCCUAGUCUCCUGGACUGCUUCAUCAACCAUAACCUGUUUUGUCCUUUUACAAAUUUAAAGCAGAAUAGACUGCCAGUGCCUUUGGAUCUUUUCACAUUUAGAAAAGAGGAAGUUAUAAAUUUACAUUUACCACUUUCAAGUUGCAAUGCUGACAAAAGCAGCAGAAGAUGGAGUUUUAAAAGUGGUCACUCAAAGACAAUUGUUGGCCAGCUUGUGAUUUCUGCAUCAGGUCAGGUGGAGCUGCGUGAUGAAACAGAUGUGUUCCCAGUGCUGGUGUUAGCUAGCGCUGAUGACAGGCAGCACUUGUGCUGUCGUGAGUGCUUGCUGCAGCCAAAGCCUGGCUGUAAGCUGACCUGUUCCGUGCUGGACACAUGGAUCAUUGGCCAGUUUGUUUUAGUGCAGGAGUUUGAUGUGGUCUUGGAGAACUGGUCUUCAGAGAGAUACACCUCCAAAAGGUUGGACAAACAAUUUGUGUAUUUAAUGUUUUCCUUGAAAGAUUGUUUUUUCCUUGGAAAACCACAUCAGGCCUCUGCUGUCUUGCAGUUGCCAUUUCCGUUAAGCUUGCCUGGACACAAAACAUCAGCUAAUGAAAGCCAAAUUCUGUUUUAUUUUUAUGUGUUUGAAAAACAUCCACUUUUGUUUAGCAGUGUAGAGCACGACCAGGGUCAGUUUAAAAUCACAGGCUACAAACUGUCCAUUGAUGAAGGGAUAAAACACUUUGGAUGGGGUGAUGAAAGUAGAUUAGUGGAAGCAAGUCAGACACCAAGGGAGAUCAAUCUAAAAGAAAGACAACCCAUGAUGAUAACUUUUACUGAAGUGAGUCUGUAUGGAGUGAUAACACCGGGGCAUGUGUACAAGUUGAUGCUGAAAGACAAAGCUGGAUUUGUUAAUGACUUAAGCAGUGGUUUAGUGGAUGGGAAGUUACAGAAAGCCAUAGCGACCUGUAAAACAUUGUUGAACAUACAAGCACCUAAAGGUCUAAUUGUGUCACGUCUGGCGCAGCCUGUGAUAAAGUUCACUGGACUAACACAGUCUGCUGUGUAUUCUGUUCAUGAUGUUUUAGCACAAAGUUUUACAGAAAUGAUUGUGUCCUUCCGUGGUAUCAUAAUAGAGAGAGAAGUUGGGCCCUCCUUCUUCGGCAUGUCUGCUAGUGAAAACUGUAUCAGCUUGAAAGUGAUAGAUGUAAGCUGUAAUACUGAUAGGAUUAUGGUGUAUUGUGAUGUGCCAAUGGUUGCCAGCCAACUGGGCUUAAUCAAAGGAUCUGAGAUUGUCUUUGGUCAGCUGGAGAGAAAAGUGUCCAAAAACGGGUUUGUUUACUGUCGGUUGAAUGUGACCUCAAGUGUAAAAAUAGUUGCCCUUCACCCUGACACCAAUAGAUUGUGUAACACACUGAGCUGUGACACCACCACUUGCCUGUUUGACAUUUGGUACCAGACUGAGGCUGACACAUGCAAGCAGUGGUCUAUCUCUGCAUAUGUCAGGACAUUUUUCAAGCUCAGCUUACAGAAUGGAAUGGCUGCAACUAGAGGCCAGGGAUGCACGUGUGGCAUAUCUUGUGGCAUAGAAGCUCAUGCAGUAGUGCUGGUUGAUGAUGGAAGUAGCCAGGCACGUGUCAGAUUUUGGGGCUGUAAUUUGGUGCGCCAGUUGCUCACUCUAACGGCCAGACAGUGGGAGGAUUUGGUCAGCGUCAUUAAAACAGAUGGGGAUAUUGUUCUGAUAAAGGUCCAAACAGCUGACCUGUCUUCCCCGACAGCUUUAUUCCUGAACAGCCUGAUUGAGUCACCACUGGUCUUGAGGCCUUGUAGAUUGUUGGUUCAAAAGUGUCAGCGGUCAAGUUCUGCUGUGUUGGUCAGCAGGCUGGACUAUCACAGUUUUCCAGUUAAGGAAGAGAACAUUUCUGGGAGACAGUACCAGACUCUGACAUUACCUGUUAUGGAUCUGAAAUGUGUGGCAGUAGAAGAAGCCGCGUGAAGAAUUAAUAUAUCUGUGUGGGUGGGGUCAUUUACCCUUGGUCUUUCAUUGCUGUUCCUGGUGACGUCACUUCAUGUUUUGUGACUCUUGCAUGGAAAAUGUUUUUAACAGCAUGUAAAUAGCAUUGGAGAAAAGUUAAAUAAAUUUACACAAGUACUGGGCUGUUGUGACAUGGCACUGUUGACUGGAAUGUAACUGUAAAUUGGUGACUGGACUGUAUUGGUUGGAAUGUGACUGGACAUUGGUGACUCUACUGUGUUGAUUAGAAUGUGACUGUACAUAGGUGACUGAAAUGUGACUGUACAUUGGUGACUGAACCGAAUUGAUUGGAAUGUGACUGUACAUUGGUGACUGGACUGUAUUGAUUGGAAUGUAUUGGUGACUGGACUGACUUAUGACUGUGUUGCCACAUGUAUGCAAGGUUUAUGAGAAAAGCUAUGUCAGCUAUUUUUGUAGCUUUAUUUAUCAGUGAUAUUAAA